AUGUACCAGCGUAUCUUCAAAAUACUCCUUCUUAUUUUGUCUCUUGUGGCGCUCUUUCCCUUCAAACCUGUGCUGUGCGUCUUUCAGUGCACUAUUUCUCUUGGUGAUAAGAACCUUACAAGAUCUCCUGUUACUGUGGUAGCAGUUUUGAACUGUACAAUUAGUGGCCGUUCUGCAAACGCUUUCAACUGGACAAUUGAUGGGAAACAAGUCAAAAAGGAGCAUAUAUUACUGGAUCCAAAGGAGAAUAAGAAAUGGUCCGCUGUUGUUCUCGAAAAUAUGACCAAAGAAGCAGAGAAAUUUGAGUGCAAAGCGAAACGUGGCGAGGAAAUGGCUUCGUGUUUUGUUUAUCCUGCCAAACCAAAUGUGCAAACGUCUGAUGCGGCUGUCAGAAUAGUUGACUAUGGCAAUACACCUGAAUUAGAAUGCAGAGCUAAUGGAUGGCCGGUUCCUCGUGUUUCCUGGUGGCUGGAUGGUUCCGAGAUUCAACAUUUUGACGACGACUACACGUACAUAUUACGUCGAUAUGGUGAGAACAUACUCUUCAUGAAAAUAAUAUCAGUGACAAAGAAAUAUCAGCGUGUGAAAUUUACGUGUCGUGCUGAUAACGUGUUUGGUACGUCCGAGAGGAGCGUGGAAAUCCAAGUGAGACGAAUUGAUAUGAUCGAAUACGGUUAUCGUGAAAGGCUUCCCAUUCCAGCAGUGUUAGGAACGAGUGCUACUCUUGAGUGCAUCUGCUCGGAGGAAAAAUGUUCAGAGGAUACCACUCAGUUUUAUUGGAAACGUAAUGGAACAAUUGUCAACGAAACACUCAAUAUCAGAUUAUCUCGUGAGGUCUUAAGCAGUGGUUUAAAAAUUGCUUUGAUGAUACUCAACGUGUCACGUGCAGACGAAGGAGAUUUUUUCUGCAAAGUAAGCAACUCCCUGGGAUUUGAAGAGAGGCGAAGAACCCUGAAGAUUCUGGCCAAAGAGAAUUUUCGGAUUUCUGCAAAUCCAGCUAAAGCGUUUGUAAAUCAAAGAUCUCCUGUCCGUCUGACCUGCAAAGUUUCAUAUCCAUCAGAGCUACUAGAGCCGGAGACUUUUUGGAUCUUUAACAACACUAGGAUUCACGAAAAGUCCGCACUGCAAUACUACACAAAAUCAUAUGGCCCUCGAGAAGGAACCAACUCAACAAAGAUGGUUUUGUUUCAGCUUCAGAUAUCUAAUGUAAGCGAUCAAUACGUUGGUUGGUAUAUCUGCGCUGCAGAUUUCAAAAUAAUUAUUGUCAAAGCGAGAGUUUCCGUCACCCUCGAAGGAGAAGAAGCCGAUGAUAAAAAUGGAAUUGCCGGCGUUGAGUCUAGUGAAAGUCCGCUGGUCGCCAUCAGCUCCAUUACCGCAGGCGGCGUUAUAAUGGGUUUCAUUGCAGCUUUGUUUGCCUACAGACUUUGCAGAAAAAAGCGCAGUGAUGAAGAACCAUUCUUUGAAACUCCAGUCAAUGGCCGCCAGUUUAGGUACGAUGUUUUUGUGACGUUCAGCAGCCAGGACUUAAACUGGGUUAAGAAAGAACUCUUGCCGCUCCUAGAUAAGCAUAAGCUUAAGUACUGUAUCCAUGACAGAGAUUUUCAGGCUGGGAAGCCUGUGGUGGACAACAUGGCAGAGAGCGUGUACACGAGCCGAAAAGUUCUGGCUGUAAUGUCCCAUAACUACAUGUCGAGCAAAUUCUGUCGCGGAGAGCUAGAGAUGGCGCUAUAUCGGAGUACAGAGAUGGGCGACUCUUCUGUUAUUGUGGUGCGUAUCGAUGGUGUUGACCGGAGCAAGCUGCCUAAGGCCCUUCGCAACAGAACCUUUCUGGAUCAUCAUGACUUCACUGAGAGAAAGAACUGGGAAGAGAGGCUGAUAAAGCAUCUCAAGCCACCUCCGCUGGACAAGAACUCGGAGAAAAAAAACUCGGAGAAAACUUAUUCCUUGUUACGUAACGUUAGUGAAGCGUGAAGCAAUGAACAAGGUAUUUUGCCAUUUACAAGACACUCUUUGUAAUUAAUUCUUUGAUAGACAUUUUUCGAAAUAAUCUUUUACGGCCACGAUACCUGAAACGACAAGUCACAGCGACGCAACACAUGAACAGGUCGCAUCAAACAAGCGCUGUAUGCCAGGAAAUUGCUUUGCAGAUCUUUAUCCCGGAAAGAUUAUUCUUUUUCCUUGAAGCCCUUCGUUCAAAUUCAACUAGUCUUAAUGGGUGCGAUGAUGGCAGAGCGAAAAUGGAACUUAGUUCAACGUAAUUAAGGCACGAACUUUUUUUGAUGUUGUAUUCUGAUCGUCCGAUGACUUCCGUAUAUCUUUAUUCUGGCUGCUUUGAUGUCUAAUUUAUUUGAGACUGUUUAUCCUUGAUUGUUCAGUAUGAAACAAAAAACUUAGUGGAAAUGAGGAUCUGUAGUAUUAAGCAGUUUGACAGUCAUAACUUAAUCACACUCGUUUUCCCAAGUUGCAAGGCCUGUGAUGCAAUUUGUGGAGUAUCAUGGAGUAUGCAGCUUUUAUCUGAGUCUGUCUAAUUACUAUGGGUUUUUUUUUUGUGUCAUGAACGGGUAAAGUUUACGAUAGGAGUGAAGUUAGUUACCAAAUAGAGCAAUUUUUAAUCGAGUGGAAAAAAUAAUCCGGAUCGGUUUUGCCUUCCUUUGCUCUGUAAAAGGUCUAGAUAACUCGGACCACUCUCUUCAGAGUUUCGCUUCGCUAGGCUGCUGAGUCUUUGAGAGAGGAUUAAAAAUUGGACCAAAGCUCUAAUGUAGAACCCCGAUGCUAGAUGUCUAAAACAGAAAAGUACAAAAUAUCUGCUCCUCCUCUUCCUAUCAGAAGAAGAAAAAGACUAUCAUUCAUGUUACGUCUGCGCAGGUCUGGUGGGGGGUUCUUGAAUUUUCUUGGAGCGAAAUAAUAAUUGCUUGGAAAGUUUUCCAUCCACCUGAAAAUAUUUUGAUAUCUUCGCUGAGGUGAUUUGCAAAAUUUCAUUCAAUCUUGAUAAAAAUUGUUCCUUAGGAGACCCAGUUUCCACGAGGCAUCUAAUCAAAUUGUUACCAAUGCCGGCCACAAGUAGCCUUUAAUAAUUUCAUACUAACUCGCCCGUUUUAAGAGCACUAUGUAAUAAUUUUUUAUAUAUAUAAUGACA